AUGAAAAAUCUCAGUUUCCUUAUUGUCAUUUUCUGCUUGCUGGCGAAAGUUUCGGCAGAGUGUGCGGACAGUUGCGAAUGCCCGGAUUUCUCGUCGCUUAGAUUGUCAGAAGCCGAUGCAUCCGAUUACCAAUUCACUCAAUUAGCAGGAUCUGCUGCAAAUGCCACGUGUGUCAGUCCAAAUAACUUUGUUAUGGCAUCACAAUUCAAUGAAACCGAAAUUCCACUGCCUCCUGAAGCAAAUCGUUUCUUUAUGAUUCCCGCUCUUGGCAGAAACGCGUUAAUCCCGGCAAGCUCUUUCGAAUUAUUCUCCUAUUUCGGAGUUGUUUGUGACAAUGGAUCGUGGUAUGCUACAAAGUAUCCCAUGGGAAUAUCUUAUGUCAAAGUGAAUGAAGACAUAUUCACUAACACAACCUAUGUCGAGUCGUAUGAUGGAAAGAAAACCAGAAUUGUGUGGUUCGCCUGGUGA